AGUUCUAUUAUAUCUUGCACACCCACAAACAAACAAAAGAACAAAGGCAGAGAGAGAGAGAGGGAGAGAGGGUCAGUUUCUUGCAAAGGUUGCAUAAGAAUCCACUUUGUUUCUGCUCUCUUUAUAAAUACUGUGUGCCUCAACCUCUCCAGAUCUCAAUCGCCGCUUCCCUGUUAGCCUACUUUCUUCUUCUUAUUCUUUUUUUUCUUCUUCUUCAAUCUUCUCUUUUUUUUUUUUCUUUUCUCAAUUUUCUUCUUUUCUUUUUCAAAGUUCCAAAUUUCAAAUGGAGAUGAUCAGGAGGGCUUCGCAUGCAGGAUCAUGGUACACCGACAAUCGUAAGUCAAGCUACUCCAAUUUCUCACAAAAUCCUCGAAUCUAACUUGCAUUAUUGUUUGUCUUUCACUCGGUUGUUCACUGUUUUUGUGCGAUUUUUAUGUACUGAGGAGAUUUUUGCAGUGAGGCCCUGUUUGGUUGCUGAGGAAAUCUGAAGAAUGAAAGGGAAAAUGAAAAAAGAAGAAACUUUUAGUAGGAAGGAAAGGAAUUUGGAAUAAAUUCCGUACACGUCUUAAAAUACACAAGUUGUUUCGGAUUUAACUGAAAUUUAAUUUACCAUUUUACCCCUUGCCUUUCUAUUGGAAUUCGGAACUGCCAUUCCAGGGCUCUUUUUUUUUUUUUUCCUGGGUGGUCUCAGUCUUAUUGUGCAAAGGGAGUUGUUCCGAAAUUCCCUUGUUUAAAGGCUUUUGACAUAAGGAGGUUGGUCUGGUGGAUGAUCCUGUUCAAGGGGAAAGCAGAAUGAGAGGUGAGAGUGGGUUGGAGGAACGACAGUGACCCCGAUUGAGAUUUUGAAACGGAGAGAUUCCUUCAUGGGAAAAAGGCUAUGGUAUGGGCAAUUCGAGUGUAUGGUAAGAUCUAGGUCAUGGAAAACACUUAAGACCGAGGUACAUGGACCAAGGUAUAAACAAAUGGGACCCGGACUCAAGGUAAUGAGUCUAUUUGCAAGGUAUGGUAACUAAGAUAUAAAGCGGAGUUCUUGCUGGAUACUACUUUUUGGUAGUACCGUAGCCCAAUCCUCAUUUAAGAAAGUUUUGGUCCUUUCAAUUGAUGACUAGUGGGCCUAUUUUUGAGGAGUUUUGUGGAUAAGAAUCUACUAAAUGAAAAUGGCGUCAUGCAUAUAAUCAGUUGACAAACAUAGUGAGGAUGAUGCAUGUCCUGCUAUGUUGUUGCUUGAUUGAAACAGAGGGUUGUCUAAACAAGACUGCGAUAACCAAACUCCACCAACGAAGUGCAACAGACCCAAUUGGGCUUCUCAAGCCUUGCUCUUGAGACGAGUAGGCACAAAGCAUCUGACAUGCCACAUGGCAUCUUCAGUGGAAGUAUAAUAGAUAGUUCAAUGCAAUGAUACACAAUUAGGUGACCUCCCUCUUGGAGAGGUUUGAAAACAGUUACUAAAGAUAUAUCUUAAUGAAGUGUGAUAUAGUUGAUGAAGCAAAUGAGCAGGGAAGAAAAGUGAUCUCUCAUAGCCUAAAAUUAGCAGAAGAGCUUGAUGGAUGGCUUAGAGCAUCUGGCCUGGCUAAAUCUCCUGAUGUACGGGGAGUGAUUGCUCCGCAUGCUGGUUAUUCAUAUUCGGGUCGAGCUGCAGCCUAUGCAUUUGGGAACAUUGAUCCAAGUAGCAUUUCUCGUGUGUUUCUUCUUGGUCCAUCUCACCACUAUUAUACUCCAAAAUGUGCUCUUUCAAGAGCCACAGUUUAUAAGACACCAGUAGGGGACCUACAAAUUGAUUUGGAAGUCGUUGAGGAGCUAAAAGCUACAGGAAAAUUUGAACUGAUGGAUCUUGACGUUGAUGAAGCUGAACAUAGCAUGGAAAUGCAUUUGCCAUAUCUUGCUAAAGUAUUUGACGGGUACCCAGUAAAAAUUAUACCCAUUUUAGUUGGUGCGCUUAAUGCUGAAAAUGAAGCCAUGUAUGGACGGAUGCUCGCCAAAUAUGUGGAUGAUCCAAAUAAUUUCUUUUCUGUGUCCUCAGAUUUUUGUCACUGGGGCUCAAGGUUCAAUUAUGUGCACUAUGACAAGAAAUUUGGGGCCAUCCACAAAUCCAUUGAAGCUUUGGACAGGAUGGGCAUGGAUAUAAUAGAAACAGGAGAUCCAGAUGCAUUUAAGCGAUACCUGUUGGAGUUUGACAACACCAUUUGUGGACGCCAUCCAAUUAGCGUUUUUCUCCAUAUGCUGAGGAACUGCUCAACAAAGAUAAAGAUCAAUUUCCUUCGAUAUGAACAAUCAAGCCAAUGCAAAACUAUGAGAGACAGUAGCGUAAGCUAUGCAUCUGCAGCAGCACAGGUGGAUGCUUGAUAUUGGCGUUCCAAAUUCAUCUGUAUUAAUAUGAAUUAUGCUCACUACUCCUUUAAAUUAACUGUCAUCUCUAAACCAUUUACUCGUAUUUGCUAUAUCUCAUCUCACUUUGGGUUCCCCUUCAUAAAUUAAUACUAGUAACUUAAUGUAUUGCCAACUGUUUUUUAUUUAUUUAUUAUUCCUUAUAUAUAUAUAUUUCCUGCAGCGACUGCUGCUUUCUUUCCA